CCGUCGCGAUGCAGUCUAUAUGUCAAUGGCGUCGUGUUCAUCAGCACUAGCGCCCAUCCGACGUCUUCCCAGCGAUGUUCUUCGAUCUGUGUUUCGCGAGAUACAGAUCUCGCAGUGGUGGAACGAGGGUCCGUGGACACUCAGUCACGUAUGUGGCGCUUGGAGGGAUGUGGUUUUAUCUUAUCCCCAACUCUGGUCACAUAUAGUGCUUCACUUUCCGUUUUUCCCCCCAGAGCGCCUUCCUCAUUAUGCUCCGCCGGUCCACCAUAUAACACUCGCCUCAAAACCAUGAUUCUUCGUUCGGAACAGUGUCCUCUUGAUAUAGCUUUUGAACUUGUUCAUCAUAACUACAAUGAGGAUAUGGCUGCUCAAGCUCUUUCCGUGAUCGUUGAGGUGUCCCACCGGUGGAAGACCUUGCUUCUACAUGCUUCCUUGCCUUUGUUGGAUUUGUUGAAGCCAGCUCGAGGAAAGAUCCCUCGUCUGGAAUCCUUGGCUUUGAACGCUUUGGUACGAAAUAUGGAUAGAUGGGACCCAAUGCCAGAAGAUACUCGAAGUGUCUUCGUUGACGCCCCUCGCCUUGAAACGGUGGCUCUACAAGACAGUCACGAUCUCGGCAAUUUCAAAUUCCCUCUCCAUAUUACCCAUCUGGCAGGAUGUGCGGACAGUGUUCCUAAUCUUGAAAUUUAUCAGUCUCUCGUAGAAUGUCACCUCGAGGGGAGGGAAAUAUUUGGCAAUAUUUAUCAAGUUGGGGAUGAUAUCUCCCUCCGUCAGGCUCCGAUUCACGUUUUUCUCCCCAAUGUUCGACGCCUUUUUCUAUCAUCAAUGCAACUACUGGCGCAUCUGUGCCUACCCUCCUUAGAAGACCUCACAUUCAAGUUCGAUCGUCGUGACGCACCUGAUAUACCCUUGAUCAUGAAAGAGUUUAUCUCCCGUUCAACUGGUUGCUCUCUUACAAGAUUAGCCGUCCAUUCUUCGGAUCUAGAUGUAUCCGAUCAGAGCUUCAUCCAAGACACUCUCUUAUUCAUGGACACUCUCGUGUACCUAGAUAUCGGGCACUUCUGGAGACUGGAUAACUUCUUCGCGCUUCUUGCUUCCGACGGAUUCCUCCCAAAUUUGCAGCAUCUACAGCUGUCUUGUUUCUUGCUACCCUCUUCUCAAGGUUCCCUUAACACCAUGAUCACUUCGAUCACUUCGCAUAGCCAAAAGCUUCGUUCAGUCAAAAUCUACUGUUUGGGUCAUGACGACGUGGCGAACUUUAAUCAAAACGUAGCACCCCUGCAGCAAUUAGGACAGUUUUCUAUUACUGCCUUGAAGGGACGAGACCAAAAAACUUCCGGAACGUAGUUUGGAAGGUUUUGGUCCGAUUUGGAUGUUGAUCAGUGACCGUUCCCUGCAUGAAACGGUAUGGAUUGAUCGAUUCCGAUACGCAGACCGCCCAGCGUUUGACGUUGCGUCAAAUUCCUCAACUGAAAAAUUCGAUGUUCGUCACUUCAAGACCAUCCGGAUCCCAACCUACUUCCUUCCUUCCUUCCAAAACUAUACUCAACUGCAGUGAUCAUUUGAAACCUCCUGAUAGGAAGGUAGUAACCUUUAUUGUCCGAGGGUGUUCUUCAACAGAAACAAAGAAUGUGGCUAGAGAGAUACAUUAUUAGAAAUUCUUAGAAAUCGUAGCCGCUGAAAUUGUCUUGAAGCAGGUUUACGCUUAAGUGCAGGGAUAUUAUCAGGAGUACGGACUUCUCCCAAAUUUACAGCAUUUG